AUGAGCUUUUCAUCACGAUCCCUGCCGCUCAUGGAAUUUGCCAAGAAUUCUCCGUCUUCCGCACACGCUGCUGAGGUGAAAAGGACUCCAGUAUCCGAAGCGCAUAUACAGCAAGCAACAUAUUCUCAAAAACGAUAUGUGACCAUUCUCCCCCCAAAGCUGAGGAAACAACCGUCUCGUCCAGAGUCCAAGCUGCCCCAGGCUCCUCUCCCACAGCCUUCGUAUCUGAGAAACGAGUCUCGUCUCCCUAGGCCACUUUCGACGAAUCCGCCACGCGCACAGUCUCGAUAUGUGGCGAUGCUCUUAGAGCUUGAUAAGAUUCCACGUCGCCAGAACUUCUAUGCCAGCUUAUUUACGUGGUUGAUCCUGGCUGGAUACAUUGUAUUCCCGGGCACGUUUACCUCUCUCAAAACCUCCAAUUCGGUGCAAGAAGCGGCAAAUAAGACUCGUGCAGGGAAAAUUAUUAUAGACACCGUUCAAAAUGCCUCGCUCCUCUGGAUAGCAGGAGCUUGCUGUCUCUUUGGAGUCGUUGGCAUCGCUUUGCUCUGGAAAAAAUGGAACAGAAACUACAUUUGGCCAACUCUGCUCAAUGCCAUUCUCGGCCUCGUCAAUACACUGAUCAAUGUGUAUACCGCUAAGGACGGGAACUGGUCCGUGACUGCGACCAUCACGGUUACAAUAACGAGUGCGUGUGCAGGAAUAAGCUUGAUUUUAUUUCUGGUCUAUAAUAAUUGGUUAUUGUAUCAAGUCAAGAAGGACCACGAUGCUCAGAUGGGUAAUGAGCGUGGAACAGACGUGCCAUCACGACUGGCAUAA